UUAGAAGCUCAGCUUCUGGCGGAUAUUCAGCCUGUUCAGGUGACCUGGAAGGUGGGUGAUCAGGAAUUGGUGCAAUCGGAUCGAGUUGAGAUGACGUACCUGGAAGACACCGGAGUGGCCCGUCUUGUAAUUCGUAAAGCCAGCCAACCAGAUUCCGGUGAGUACACCUGCAUGGCCACGGGAGAGGUGAUAGAGCCGAUGACGGGAAAGCGUUUUCUCAAGACCAUCACAUCCAGUGCGACUGUUCUUGUUGAAGCUAUACCGGCCUACAAAGCAGAUAUAAUCUUCAUCAAGCCGGUUGAAGUGAACUUGAAAAGAGAACAAGAAGAGCAGAUCCUCGAGUAA